CCCCUCUUCAUUCUCACUUCUCUCAAAUUGUGAAAGGCUGUGUACCAAAAUUCAACAGCCUUUCACAAAAAAAAAAUGACGAGAAAAUAUAUGAAUCCUAUUUUGCGAAAAGUCCCAGAUUUUCUAAAAAUCUCGGUUUUCCUAGCGAAAACCGUGAAAAAACCGAUUCUUCCGAGGCUUAUUGCUUUCAAGAAUUCGAGAAAACACAAGAAAGUGAGUCUGCUUCAGCAUUAUGGCUAUGGAUACGUUAAGGAGUACCAAUUCUCUCCGUCUCGCUCACCGCUUAUGAGUUAUUACAAGAGAAAGCAGUACAAGAAGAGGAGUUACAAAGAAAUGUGUUCUGUUUUGUACGUGUACAAUUGUUUAGGGAAGUUUGAAGAGGAUCACAGGGCUGAUGAAAUUUGUGAUUACUCGAUGGAUUUAAAUUUGAGGGCUUUGCCUGAGAAAGAAGCGAUGGAAUACGCAGAAUCGGGCGGCGAAGAGGAGGAGGAGGAGGAUUCUGUUGAUGAGAGGGCUGAGAGAUUCAUUGAGAGAUUUUAUGAAGAAAUAAGAUUGCAGAAGAAAGAACCGUUUUUGCAGCUUGGUGGGAUUAAUUAAGUGUAUUCGAAGGGUUGAUUUUUGUUUUGUAUUUAACAAAUAUUUUGUAUUAUUGUUUUUGUGUUGUUCUCCCCAUGUUAAUUUUGAAAUUUGGGGAGUAUAUUUCUCUUUGGUGUUUCAAUAUUAUUUUGAUUUCUUUUUUCUUAAAAUGCAAGAAAUGUUUUUGUUUGUUAUCA